AUGAUUAGUACUUAUGAAAAUGCUCAAGAGUCUCUUCCAAUACCUCCUGAAGAAGAAAAGCCUCAAGUUCUCGACUCUGAUAUUCAGCCAUGUAGUAGUUCAACAUCUGAAGUCAGUGAGAACGUCAACCUAGGUUGUCCUAAUUCCGAACCAUUGUCUCCAGAAGCUGGUCAUGUGUCUGAAAUUUCCGAGACAGCCCAUCCCGAAAAAAUCUUGCCUGAAGUAAAUACACCUCAAAUUACUCCAGCUAAAGCAGAUGAUAAUGAUCUCACGGAUCUUAAGGAGGAAGAUUCUGUGGUGCGAGAUAUUCAUAAUCCUGCAUUAGUUGAUGCUUCAUUAAUCAAAACCGGUGUUGAUAACUAUUUGAUAUCACUAUAUUCAUUCUCUCAUAACCAGCGUUGGGAAUUCCAUUCUGUGGAUGACAAAACAAAACUCGAAGAACUAACGGUCUAUAGUUAUGAUACUCGUUUAAAAGAAAAGAGAAAUGCCCGAUCAAUAAAAGAUGUGAAUGAAGAACCUGACUUUAUUCCUGAAGAAGAUCACAAUGAUAAAGAAUCCGUUGAUGCCAUAGAAAAAUAUAUUCUUCCUAACAUCGAUAGCGACACACUCACAAGCAGAAAAUUUGAUGUUGAUCAACUUAAAGAAAUUUCGGAUGAUCAAGUCAAAACAUUCUUAACUGAUGUGCACGCAAUUCUCAAGAAUUUAGGUUCCGAUGAAGGCAUGGAUGAAUCUAUGACUGAUAUGCUGUUAAAUAAUUUACUAGUUCAGAUUAUUGGUCUGCAUAAACAUCCCUUGAAAGUUAGCAUCCAACCGCGAUGCAGAUUAUACAUCGCAGACGAACCUUAUGUUACAGCACAUCCUGAAUUUGUGGUUACUAGGAAGGAUGUUUCUAUGGUUGUUGUAGAGGAUAAACAUCUGAGGAACACGUGCCUUACCAAUCCGAAAGGUUUUGGAGAAGCGCAGUUGGCCUUCGAGAUACUCGCGUGUGGGAGUGAAAAUAUGCGUCAAACUUCACGUAAAACUGGUUUAAUUCCAGAUCAAACUAUAUUUGGUAUUCGCGCUAUCUCCACGUAUUUUACAUUUUACAAAACGGUAAUCUCUAAAGAAUAUUGGAAUGAACUUGAUUUCGGCUUACCACAGACCGAGUCAGUUGUUAUUGAAAGGUGGCCAGAAGGGGAACGUUCAGAGGAUGGUCUGGACAUUGCAGAACCAAAUGGGAGACGAGAAGUGUUGGAUGCAUUGGCUAGAAUUCGUCAAUUUCUUUUGCAAUAG